GAAGGGAUUGAUAAUAGAAACUAUUUCUUUACAGCAAUACGCCAUUGCUAGUUCAACUAAACAAAUGUUCAGCAACGUUUCACUCCCUGCUAAAGAAAAUGAAAACACAAUUGAGAAAACAAUAAAAAGAAACAAAACAAGUUCUGAUAAUGACUAUAGUUUACAGUGCUCUCCUAAGAAGAAACACACUGAAACAGAAAACAAGAAAACAGAAAAAAGUGAAAUUGAGAAAACAGAAAAAAGUGAAAACGAGAAAACAGAGAAAAGUGAAAUUGAGAAAACAGAAAAAAGUGAAAACGAGAAAACAGAAAAAAGUGAAAUUGAGGAAACAGAAAAUAAUGGAUUUGAAAGACUUAAAUUUGACAAUCACACAACAUUUGAUAUAAAAUGUUCCGAAAGUAAACCCUGGAUAAGUAGCAUUGAUGAGCUUCCAAAUGGAAAUGUUGUUUUGACGGACUUUUGCAACUGUAAGCUGUAUGUUUAUAAUCAGAGUUUAGAGAUAUAUAAAGCCAUUGAUGUAAGUGGGAAACCUUGUGCAAUAGCAGUGAUAAAUAGUGACAAAAUUGCUGUAACACUACAAGAAAAGAAAUCUGUGGCACUAGUAAACAUUCUGACUAGAAAAACGUUCCGAUAUUUGAAUGUAGAAGACAGUUGCCAUGGAAUCACUUAUACCGAUGACAACCUCGUUUUAAAUUGUCUAGAAAAAGGGUUAACAAUUAUCAGUUUAGACGGUGCUGUGCAAAAUACUAUCUCUGAUGUUACAGGCGAAGCUUAUUUGUGUUCAUCUGACAAUGGUAAUAUUUACUGUGCUGUAUAUUGGUCGCAUAAAGUCUUGUGCUUCAAUAGACAUGGCGACGAGGUAUAUUCCUUUUCUAAUCUGACAAUGAAAUGUAUUAGAGGGAUAUCGGUUGAUCAUCAAGGACAAGUUUUUACAAGUGAGUUUGGUAAAAACAAAAUUCAUGUUAUUAAUUCCGAGGGAACAAAAUCACACGUGAUUCUCUCGAAAAAGCAUGGGAUAAACAAUCCGCUGUGCGUACAUUUCAACCGAAAUGACAUGUGUUUGUAUGUUUCAAAUAAUGACGGAGAAUCAGUUUCAAUGUAUAAAUUAGAUUCUUCUUCGGAAUAAAUAAUAAAUGAUGGUUUGUUUAUA